AUGCUUUCACCCCUUACUUCAUCCACCCGUAGAUCACAAGGACAGAUUCAUCCUGCCGACUCUGUCAGAAAAUGGGAUGACGGGGCCAAGAAGGACGAGUAUCUAUUCCGAACAUAUCAUGACGAUUCGCAGAGCAAGUUGAUCCCUCGCGCCGGAUUCACGUCGACCGACUCGAGGUCAGCCCGACUGAUUCUAGAGCAGGUGAGGUCACUCGGCAUCCCGACAGAGGGUUGUGUUAUUGGGAGCGACGACGCAUGUGAUCUCUUCACCCUCAACGUGGGUACUCGUCAUCCGGCUUAUCAUUGUACCAAGGGUUGGACCGGUCGAGAGAAUUACGAGCAUGGAAAAGAUCUCGCAUCACCUUAUGUAUCGGUCUUCUCCUCUUUCCUCGACGUCUUAUACCAUGCCCUCUCCCUACUGCUCGUUCAUCGCAAGUCGGGUGUAACUAUCGCCGUAAUAAAGAACCUUUCUCUCACCGUCCUGGACCCAUCCGACAUCAUCGCCCACCCCGGAGUCGAAGCGAAAGCCCUACCGAUAUAUGGGACACAGAGAUGGGAAAAGGCUGGGAUGUUUUCUCAUCGACAUGGCGAACGCUUGGUGGUCGGUUCUAUCCCUGCUGCAAGCGUUGAGGCAUUGAUCCCAGUAAGACGAACCUAUCUGGGAGUCAACCUCCCUCCUGAAUACCUUUUGUCAGAUUUCAACCCGAACAGGCUCUAUCACGAAAAUUUGCGCUGGAAUCCGUACGAGUGGAGGACAGACCUGAUGCACCACGUUCGUGCGCGAGUUCAUCGUAUCAGGUAUCAACUAGAGGCUGGAGUCCAAGAUGACUCCGACGUUGAAGACGAUAGCGAUGUUGUUUCACAAGGUUCCGCAGACGAAAGGCCGCCGAGGUCAGAUUCGGCAAUGAUGGAAAACCCAGACGAGCGCGAGUUGCUAUUGGCGAUGCAUGGCCUGUCCACUUUUUGGACAUUGGCAGAAGACUUGCUCGAUAGGGUAUCCAAUAUGAGCAAAGUAAACACUCCGGAGACUCGGGUUAUCUCCCUUCCACCUUGA